CACGAGUCAAGGACAAAACUGACUGCCAGUUUCAGGUAUAAGAAAGUGCGCUACUCACUCGCUGUGUGUGUCUGCAGAGCGCUGCGACGCACGCAAACAUCCAUUGAAUGCACCAGAAAUAUGUUCCAUGACGCCCGCACGGCAUGACACACGAUGAAGGCAUCAAUGUCGGCACGCUCAAGUGUGUCUGUUUUUCUGUCUGUCUGUACAGAGUAUCCCCAUCAGCGAAGCGAUCGGAUCCCAGCCAACCCGUCGAUACCCUCUCCCUCCUUCGAUACCCUCACACCCACAUGACGACAUGCUCGCACCCAGCCCCCAGUAUCCUCACUCACUGCUGGCGGCAUCCGUCUGCACACACCGAAUGAUUGGACAAACGACACAAUGAUGACAUUUCGAAGUCACCACGUGUGUGUGCCGCUGACUUGCGUCUGUUGGGGUGUCCUGUUGGUCUGUCGAUGUCUCCUGGGUGCCGCUGCCGCUGGAGUACUGACCCUGAGAACACACAAUGAAGACAAUGAAUGGAUGUGUCGUGUGCGGUCCCCUCCCUCACUCACGCACCGCUGUCGUGCUCUUGACGGACAAGGAGUAGACGCGCCCCACUUCCAUCUCGCCCUCGCGCAUGGGCUGCGUGUGAGCAGCCUCACUGACGGUCAUCUCGCCCGCCUUGGGCAAGGCCUGGCCGUCCAGCCCGACGACCGUGAAGCUGUGUGGGGUGUUCUCGGCGUUGACGAGCUGCACGACGUCCCAUACCUUCGAGUCGGGGUGGAUGUCGUCCCUCUUGAGAAAUAGGUUGUUCUUGUCGUACAGCGUCUCGGGGUCGUCCACAUCCCCCUUGGACACCGAGAUGAGCAGCAGGUUGUUCUUGUCGUACAGCGUCUUGGGGUCACUGUCCCACUUGGACACCAGAAUGAUCUUCUUGCCCUCACUGCUGCCUCCCGUGGGCGGGUUGGCAGGCGACUCUGAACACACGAAACACACAUAUGGCUGAGUGUCGGUGCGUCCAUGUUUGUCAUCUCUCGUCCAGUCCCCUCUCACCCACCUGAGGAGAGUGAGUCGAUGUUUGCUUCAGAUGUCUGCCUGGGGAACUCAUACGGCGGCACGGCUGAGGCCGACGGCACAUCCCGCGCCACACUGCCCAGCAUCUCGCCCACCGCAUUCCCCCCACGGCCCUCUCCCCCCUCCACACACGAGCCCUCUGCGCAGCCCACUUCCGCUCCGGCUCCCCCGACGAAGUGCUGGUCCUUUGGCUGAGCGUUGCCCGACACCGCCGCUGCCGCCGCUGGCUGCUGGCGCUCAAAGUUCUGAGGGCGGAGAAUCGGGGGGCGGGGAUAGACCGUAGCGAAACGCGGGACACUGCUGCUGCGGCUCGGCCGUGUCGCCGGAUGAACGGGUGGCCGGCCGGGCGUCGCUGUGCGUCUGGGUGUGGGCUUGUGCGACGGGGGGCUGGGGGCGUCGGGUGGGUAGGUGGGUGGCGGAGGGGGCGGCGCUGCAGACGCACUGCCGAUGUCCGACGUCUUCCGUCGAGGCAUCGGCGGCGAGGCGGACUUGCUGGUUGACUGAGAUGGGGACGGGGGCGCCUUGUGGCUCCUGCCGCUGGUCGUGUGGGAGUCCUCUUGCCCGAGCACGUUCUGCCACUUGGCGCGCACCGGCUUCACGUAGUCCUCCAUGAACUCCUCCUUGGGGCGCAUGUCCUUCUUGCCGACUCUCCUCUGUGUCACACAGCACAAAGGUGGUCUGGGUGAGUGUGCGGCUGGUCUUCGCUCCUCACCUCAUGCUCAUGUUGCUGGUAAUCCUCCUCGGCCUGACGGAGUUGUUCUUUGUAGUGGCGGGCUAUACAGUCUUGCUUCCAGCUAAACUCCUCCCUCCGCUCCAUCCUCUGUAAUACACACCACACACAGCACACCGGACGUGCUGUGUGAGUAGGUGACCCGUCCAUCAAGAGUGUGUGGCUGGUCCUCGCCUGUCACUUGCGGGUGGAAGAAGUCCUGCCCGCAGGCGCUGAAAGGCCUCCCACUCGGCGUUCAACUCGCGGUCCCACUUCUCAUACAGCCUCGCCCUCUGUGCACGCGACACACACAUACGCAAAUCCACACAGACAAAGGAGAUUUGAGCCUUGCAAGGGUUCCAAGGGUGUGUGCAUUAGUGGGCCUUUGUCUGUCUGUGUGUGUGUCGGUAAGUGGGUGUGUUGUGACCUUCUGGCGCAGCUCCUCUGCGGUGCACGUGGUCCACCUCGUCCUCUCGCUCGUGGGGGCGAAGUGGCCGAAGUGACAGUCGUCGCGGCAGCGCGAGUGGGCGGCAACGGCGCUCUCCACCUGCGUGAAGAAACGAACACAACGCAGACACGCAGGCACGGCGGGUACGCACCAGUAUGGGUGAGCAGUGCGGCAACUUUCUCCUCUGCUCUGCCGUGUUGUUGUGUUGCGCACCUGGCGCUCCUCUAGUUCCUUGCGCAGGGCCGCGUAGGCCUCCUGCAGGUGUUGGAAUCCCUCCUUGGUGCCGCCCUUAUCGGGAUGGCGGUACGGCCCCUCCUGCAGACAGCGCACAAACGAUGACGAUGCACACGGCGGGCCAGUCCGCAUCUGUCUGCGGUUCUUCUUACCACCGCGAGCUCCAGGUACUUCUUCCGGAUAUCCUCGACGCUGCUCGUCGUCGGCAGGCCGAAAAGGGCCCAAUGUCGCUGCAGAUCAGCCGAUGACGAUGACGAAGGCAUGGCUAUGGUAAGAAAAUAUCGCCAGACACGGGGUACGAAAAGGAGAGGCGACGGGGCGGAUUCCAAGAC